UGCCCAAUAAGAGAGAGACACGGACUGACACCUGCUUAUAAGCAAAGCCCAACCACACGGGACAAGUCAGAAUCUCCGAUCAGCAAAAAUCGAAAACAAUCGGCAUCGUUGAUUGCGCCGGGCUCGCUACUGACAUGACUUCCAGUGAGAUCGAGUUCCCCAGCGAGCUGAAGUCCGAUCCCCCUUCCCUGAUCGCGUCUCUUCAAUUGCUGCCGUCUCCGACUUCAAACCUGGAGAUCAAACACACCAAGCUUUUUAUUAACAACGAGUGGCAUCAUUCAGCAAGUGGAAAGACAUUGCCGACCUAUAACCCAUCUACUGGAGAGAAAAUCUGUGAUGUCCAGGAAGCCGAUAAGGCUGAUGUGGACAAGGCAGUUAAGGCUGCACGACUUGCUUUCUCCCCGGGAUCUGUGUGGAGGAGGAUGGAUGCAUCAGAGAGGGGACGACUGAUUGACAAAUUGGCAGAUCUGGUGGAGCACGAUCGACCUCAGCUUGCAACACUUGAAUCUCUAGAUAGUGGAAAACCAUUUCUCCAGGCUUAUUAUGUGGACCUACAGGGAGUCAUAAAAACACUCAGAUACUUUGCUGGUUGGACUGACAAGAUUCACGGGAAGACAAUUCCAGUCGAUGGAGAUUAUUUCACAUUUACAAGACACGAGCCAAUAGGGGUGUGUGGACAGAUCAUCCCUUGGAACUUCCCCCUCCUGAUGUUUGCGUGGAAGAUAGUUCCAGCCCUGUGCUGUGGAAACACAGUGGUCAUCAAGCCAGCAGAACAAACGCCGCUGACUGCCCUGUACAUGGGAGCCCUCAUCAAAGAGGCUGGGUUUCCACCAGGGGUGGUUAAUAUUUUACCUGGAUACGGCGAGACUGCUGGUGCUGCAAUAGCCUCUCACAUGGACAUCGACAAAAUUUCCUUCACUGGAUCUACUGAGGUUGGGAAGCUGAUCCAGGAAGCAGCUGGGAAGAGCAACCUGAAGAGAGUAACACUGGAGCUGGGAGGAAAGAGCCCAAACAUUAUUUUUGCAGAUGCUGACUUGGACUAUGCUGUGGAACAGGCUCAUCAGGGAGUGUUCUUCAACCAAGGCCAGUGCUGCACAGCAGGAUCCCGCAUCUACGUGGAGGAGCCGAUCUACGAGGAGUUUGUCCAAAAGAGUACAGAGCGUGCACAGAGGAGAACAGUCGGAAAUCCUUUUGAUCCUGCCACUGAGCAAGGGCCUCAAAUUGACAAACUACAAAGUGACAAAGUCCUUGAUCUUGUCCUCAGUGGCAUAGCUGAAGGAGCAAAGCUCGAAUGUGGUGGCAAAUCACUGGGAAAGAAAGGAUUCUUCAUUGAGCCAACUGUGUUUUCAAAUGUGACAGAUGACAUGCGGAUAGCAAAGGAAGAGAUUUUUGGCCCAGUUCAACUAAUUAUUAAGUUCAAAACCAUGGAAGAGGUAGUGGAAAGGGCCAAUAAUUCUCAGUUUGGACUGGUAGCUGCUGUCUUCACCAAGGACAUCGAUAAAGCACUAACAGUUUCUGCAGCAAUGCAGGCUGGAACAGUCUGGAUUAAUUGUUACAAUGCCUUAAAUGUCCAGAGUCCCUUUGGAGGAUUUAAAAUGUCUGGCAACGGCAGAGAGAUGGGAGAGUACGGACUAAGGGAAUACACUGAAGUCAAAACUGUGACUGUCAAAAUUCAGCAGAAGAAUUCUUAAGCAUGCUGUGAGGUGGACAAAGUGAAUCCUCUCACUUACCAGCAAGACAAACACACACAACAGUGGUUGUGCAGCAUAUGGUUGAAGCUUUAUCUUAUAAAAUGUAAAAAAAAUAUACUAGUGAAUGUAUAUGUACCACAAAUACUGUGUAUUUGAAGAAAAUACAAUAAUCUCAGCAAAUCCCCGAGUGCUUUCAUUAAAUUGUUCCCCUUCUGUCACCCUUAUUCUUGCAUAAUCCAUAAACGGUGGUCUUGAUACACCAUGGACUCAACGGUGCCACUGGAACUGUUGGAUAACUUCUCAUUUCUUUCCAUUAAUUUGAGACUUGGCAUUCAGGAUAAAUAAUGCUUGAUAAAAAGUGAUGCCAGAGGGUUUGCCUGAGAUCAGCUCAGAGCAGUGGCCAGUGUAAGAGGAGGUUAAAGGGUGGCCCCCAUGACCUUUGCUCUUCUUUGAAAGUGGCCGUGGAGAAGCAUAAGCAGAAGAGGAGAAAUCAAAAACCUUGUAAGUGAGCUAUAUGAUUUGGGAUGUUCUUUGAGUAGUUCCUCUGGCUGCCCAGAUAUAAGUACGGUGGAUUCCGGUUAAUUGGAACUCUUCAGAACCUGUACCUUUUGGCCCAAUUAAAUGGCUGCCCCAAUUAGCCAAGGUUUCAAGGAAAUAGUUAAAAAGAUAUAAAAAAGACAAAUCACUGUUUAACUGAGUAACAGUUAAUUAAUGAACUACAGAACAAAUUAGAACACUACCAAUACCACCACAGUAGUAUAAAACUGUAUUAUUUCCUAAUAGUUAUUGACGGAGGAAUUAAUCCAGUGUACGCUGCUGUGAACUUUUGAUUUACUGUAAAUUAACAAAAUCAGUGCAAACACCUAGUGUAGUUAAUGAACUGCCUUUAUACAAUUUUUGAUUAUUGCAUCCUCCAAAUCUUCAUUUUCAUUAUAACAUUCAAGAUGAUUGUCAAUGCCUUCAAAUUUUUCAUAGUUUCCAUCUUACUGAAGUAGUGAAAUGAUUUCAUUUUCACUCCCAGCUGUCUCUGGCAUCUCCAAGCCUGAAUGCUUGAAAUCACAGUGAGUAAAACAGUUCUGAAUUAUCUUCCUGCUUAUUUCUCACCAACUAUCAGUGACAAAAAUCACUCCUUUUUAAAUAUAAAUCCACACAAUUGAUGCUACUUAAAAACCGUUCCCUCUAAGCACGGUGUGGUGUUUAAUGGCCACACAAGGGCACGUGACUGAUGCUAUUUAGCAACUGUUUGUUAACAGUCUCCUGCCCCAAUUAAGUGGCAUAGUCCCAAAUAAAUGAAUGGAAUCCCAGCUAUUUUCUUGAUUAGUCUUUGUUCUUUAAGAGUUGUCCCAAAUAUGUGGUAGCCCUAAUUAACUGAUGGCCCAAUUAACCAGAAUCCACUCUAUUUCAGUACCUGUGUGGUGUUUUUGUUGUCAGUACACUGGCCAUUUCUCACAGACGCUGCCUGCCAUAUAGAGAUUACUGAGAAUUAGAAAUUUACUCCAAGCUAUCCUUCCCCUCGUUCCUCCUUAAAGACAUUAGGCUGGAGAUCUAAUUCUUUUGGCAUGCACCACCUGGGAAUGCCCAGGAGGCAGAGAGAUUCUGGAACCAGGGAGGGCUUAGGACAGAAUUGAACUCUCCAGUCUUCAGUUCCUAUCCUGUCACCUGGAGAUUCUGGAAGACAUCCAGACGUGACUGGGGUAGUGCUGGAGGUUAUGUCUGCCUGCAUGGGUCAAUUUUGAGUUUUUAAACAGUGGCAGAUCCCAGUUUGAUCAGCAGCCUUGUGGCACUAUAUACCUCCCCAUAAUCCUAUUUCUUGCAACUCAAAAGUCGAUGAUUCAACAGAUGAGGGUAGUUCCACCUGAGACUCCCCUACCCCUGCAUCACAACUCAUAACCUUAUACUUAAAUUCCUUGUGAAGAUUCAGCUUCUCCUUCUCUCUUACUGGCCUCACCAACUCUCUGCAUCGUAAUUUCUAUUUUGACCAGCAUUCCCAUCCAAAUUAACUUGUUUGAGUCAUCUUGUACUGUGUUCAAACGUUCCUGAUAGCUGUAGUAUCACGCUAAAGCCAUCUGUUACGGUAGUAUGGGCGGCACGACUUCCCCCCCCCCUCGGCCUUAACAGGCCAGGUGGGUACCUCAGCGGCAGAGCAACAAUGUCGAGGGCCAUUUACCACCAGGCAAAGGAUCCCACUACUGGCCCGGGCUCAGGGUCCGUGUGAGGGAGAGGAUAAAGUUUCUAUUUCCCACCUUGCCCACAAUUGACCUUGGUGCUAGGGCCAGUAUCCUCUGUCUGAUUACAGACCGACAGUGGACAACUUUCUGACAUCUUUUGUGACACAUUUCUAGCCUGUAAUCUGGUGUUGGUAGGAGAGGGAAACUAACUAUCACCAGGUCAAAACAAUAUUUUACAAUUCCACAAUGCCCAAUACAAUACCCUUCUCAUUACCUACAAAGCCGUAAGAUGCAGACACCGAGGGGUUCCCACACACUGUUAGUUCCAACAAAAUGCUCUCAACUUUUGCUCUUCAAGCAUUUGUCCCAGAAAACCAGGCCGAGCUCCAUUUAUUUACGGAGUCUCAGUGAGCAGCCCGCAUGACUCCAGCUCGUACCUCACCAGAGCGUUGCCUUCUUGUGGAUUUGUUCAGCCCUGUUCACCUCUGAAAUGACAAUAAAUCACCUCCCCACACCAUUUGGCUCUUAACCGCGUUCUGGUGAAAACAGUGCACGACUCUUCCAGGCGUUCUCCAAGGCCAAAACAAACAAGGUUUCCAAAAUGUUAAUUUAGAAUGGCAGUUCUGUCUGAAACACGCCAGUUCCCCUUCCAGCAUGGGCUGGGUUACCACCAUGUGGGUGAUUAACCUUCACUUUUCCAUGUGGGAUAACACUUUGAUUUUGGAUGCUUUGGAAAGCUUAAAGCCACUGAACAAUGCAUCUUGCUGUAAACUAGACAGCAAAGUCUGACCAGGCACCAGGCAUUCUUUAAAUAACUUUGACUACUUUGGACAUCUGAUUGAUUUAAUAUAUAUUGAAAUGUUUCCUAUUAAUUACUAUAGAGAAAGAAUAUUGCUUGUGCUAGAUGGGUGAUUUAACCCCAACUUUAUAUUGUACCGCAACAUUUCUAAAAUGAAAUUCUACUAUUGGGUUGCUGAACAUCAUUAAGAAAUGAGGCAGCAGGUAGCACAGAUCAUUGAGACAAAAUUUCUUUAUCAACCAUGGACUCUAAAAUGAGAGCCAAAAAGAAAUCAAAGAAUGUAUGAAAUGAAAAUGAAGAUGCCAAAGUACUUGCAAACCUGUUUCUGCUUUAAAUAGAUCAUUUUUGUAUUGAUGACUUCAAUGACAGUUAGUAUGGUCAAAGGACUUCGGUUAAUCCAAUAUAUUAUCAAAAGACUUGGAAAAUAAGAACAGGAAUAGUCCAUCCGUUCUGUUCUAAUACAUCUGCUCUGCUUUUGAAUAAAGUCUUGCUUGAACUUACACAUCAAUUCCAAUUUUCUGUCCUAAUUCCACACCCUCUGAUUCUGUUAAUACCCUAAAUUCCAUUGAUCUGAGUAUUAAGUGUUGACAGCCCUCCAGAGUAGAGACUUGCUUGUCGCAGAACUAAACGGAUGAACCCAUGUCCUGAUAUCAUGGUCCUGGUUCAAGACUCUCCAACUCUUGCCAUUUACCCAGCCAAGCCUCUGAAAUAUUCAGUGAGGUCACCUUUCAUAAUCCUUAUUCCAGGGAGCAGAGAUGUUCAUCAACAGUCUCACAUAUUUAUCAAGAGCAUAAGCAGGGGAAUUUCAUGUAAAUUCAUAAGCAUUUAUCUGUUCCUAAAACUGUCAUCUAAAGGCUUUUGUGCUUUUGACAUAUUUUUUGUUUAUAAUCACAAGGAAUGUUAAUCUAUUAUUGUUUUAAUUCAUACUUUUCACUCCACCUAUGAAAUCUGAGCAUUAAAUUUUACAAAGUUUCACCAUUUGUACUGUCUUUUAGUUUUUCUGUUUUAAAUCACCUAUGGCUGAUGUCACAAAAAAGCAAUAAUGUGUAAAUCCGUAAACUUUUAUACACUGAUUGAAUGACUGCAACUUUCUUCUUGAUAACUGUAUUGCAGUUUUGAAAUCAUGUAUAUACAAUUAUGUACUAUGAAUAUAUAAAGUUAUUUUCUAUGCUGUUUUUCAUUAAAAAACAAGACAUAUUUAGUAUCAGUGUUAAAAUUAUGCAAAACCCGUUUGACUGAUACUCUGCUAAUGGUUUAGAAUGGAAAAUUGAUUGCAUUGUGUUGUUUACGAUAACACCAAUAUAAAUAGUCCGGCAACGGGAGACUAGACCCCAGUGUGUCCUCGAAACAUUGUUCCCAUUACCUAAGUUUUAUGCAUUACAGGAAGACAGAAGUCUUGAAUGUAGAGGCUGACACCUUACCCUUCACUAUUUUGUUUAAUAAAUACAGAAUUUCACGGUUGGAGCCUCAUCCGUCUCUCCUUUCCCAGAGCUACACUCCAAUGAAAGUGAGCUUCGUCCUGGAAAAUGUACACUUACACGCCCAGAUCUGACACCCACCAUGAGUUAAAGCCCCACCAGAAAUUUAUGAUUAAAUUAUCCGAUUGGAUCCUUCCCUACAACUAAAUAUUAUUAAUAAUUUUUAUUGCAAUGUAUGAAAGUGCAUUAACUGCUCAGUAUCUUGACUUUUAUCAUGCUAGAGUUGAAGUGUAAAUAAUGUACGCAUGGAAAAGCCUGCAUAAAUAUUUGGUUACUUGAGUAUACCCAGAAAUAGAAGUGAACAUUUUAGCAAUUCAUCCUACAGCUAAUAAAGGUUUUGUUUUGUUAAGA